GUGAUUUGAAGGCGUGUCGCCGUGUCCGUCUAGAUCGGAGAGCCUGCCGUGAAAUCGUGUUUGCUCUGGCCACGGAACCAGCGCGGGAGAAUACCUGGAUGGAUGCAAGCGUCGCAUCAUGCACGAACGCGGUGAAAACGCAUGACAAUAUCAGCUUCUCCGCAAACGUUAAGACAACGGCCGCCCUAACCACGGAUGGCAGUCUUCUAUACGCCAUCAACAAGUCGGGUUCUACAGGCGAGAUGUGCUACCCUCCCGCGCGCACCUCCAGCCUAGCCUCAUGGGAUAAUAGUGGCGUUUUUCCGGAAGGCCUUCGACAAUUUGUGGCAUUCAGCAACCCGCGUCGUCGAAGUCUAGGCAUUACCGUUCAUCGCCUUAGCACCCUAGUUAGUUCGCAUGUCCAGCUGGCGCGCUGCAUGUCCGUGGAAGAUCGUCAAGAGGCAUUAAUCGCGCACGUAUGUCCUGCGCAGAUUGCGCGCCUACUACCUGUGGACUCGAAGACCAAGUCUCGAGUCCGCGGACUCGAAGCAGCCGGCAAGAAGGGUCUUCAACAGGGCGCUUCAUGUGGCGCUCGGCGCUCACCUUCAUGGCACGACCCCCCCAGAUGUCAGUGACUUAGUACCAACGACGGUGAUCACUCUUGUACUUGGAUUUGCUGCUCACCGGAAUAACGAUUCAGGAUGCUAAUCUGAAGCGAGUCAUAUAGGUCUCCGCCAACGAUCGAUUGAUGCCAUUACUGUUUGCAAU